GCCCGGUGAACGUGAUAUAUUUUCAACACGUUGUUCAGCUGCAACAUUCCGCAACAGCGACACUGAUCAGUGAUCACCUCCGUCAUGUCAAACGACGCCGUUUGGGUUCUCUUCCUGGUCGCCGCCACCUUUCAAUGCCUUCUUCUCUCCGCCGAGUCCCACUCGGCGAUCCUUCUUCCUAGUCAACUCAACCGUAACACGCCGGCGAGUUGUCCCGCGCCUGACCCCAACCUCUACUACCAGCCGGUAAUCGGGAUCGUCACCCACCCCGGCGACGGCGCUUCCGGCCGCCUCAGCAACGCCACCGGCGCUUCCUACAUCGCCGCCUCCUACGUUAAAUUCGUGGAGGUCGCUGGCGCCAGAGUAGUUCCCCUCAUCUAUAACGAGCCACCGGAGAAGCUUUUCAAGAAGCUCGAAUUGGUAAAUGGAGUCCUCUUUACUGGUGGUUGGGAAAAAAGUGGAUUGUAUUUCGAAACUAUUGGAAGAAUAUUUAAGAAAGCUCUAGAGAAGAAUGAUGCCGGACACCAUUUCCCUAUAUAUGCCAUCUGCUUAGGUUUCGAACUUAUAACAAUGAUCGUCAGCAAGGACAACAAUAUUCUUGAAGAAUUUGCUGCAUCAAAUAAGGCAUCUACUCUUCAAUUUGUAGAGAAUGUAAAUAUCAAAGGAACUCUAUUUCAAAGAUUUCCUUCAGACUUGUUAGAGAAGUUGAGUACAGAUUGUCUUGUCAUGCAAAAUCAUCAUUAUGGCAUAUCCCCAGGAAAGCUUCAGGGAAAUCACGAGUUAUCUAGUUUUUUUGAGAUCUUGACAACUUGUGAGGAUAAAGAUGAUAAGGUUUAUGUUUCGACAAUGCGUUCGCGUAACUAUCCGGUGACUGCCUUCCAAUGGCAUCCAGAGAAAAAUGCCUUUGAAUGGGGCUCACGGGAAAUUCCACACACGGAGGAUGCCAUUCAGAUAACUCAGAACGCUGCCAAUUUUUUGGUCAGUGAAGCUAGGAAAUCCAUAAACAGACCUGUUGCUCAAGAAGUACGUGACAAUCUCAUUUACAAUUACAGUCCCACUUAUUGCGGGAAAGCUGGGAAAGGAUAUGAUGAAGUUUAUAUAUUAGCACCAGUCUAAAUGCUGGUCUUGGAAUUGUUUUAUACUCCCUCCGGUCCUAUUUAUAAGCAACAAAAAAAAAAUUCACAUAGUUUAAGAAAUGUAGUUAAAGUAGAUAAAAUGCAUUAAAUUUGUCUUAAAUCAAAAUAAACUUCCAAAAUUACCCUUUGCUAUUAGUGUUGGAAAGUGGGAAAGAGAGAGAAUAAUUAAUGAAACACAUUUUACAAGUUAGAAUUAAUAAGGGCAUCAUUGGAAAAAAUUAAUUAAUAUAGCUCAAACUUUCAUUUGGUUCUUAUAAAAAGGACCAAGGUUUUUCUUCUCUUUCAUGCUUAUAAAUAGGACCGGAGGGAGUAUUGGGUUGGCUUGUUUCAAUUCCUCACUUGAGGGAGUUGUCCACUAAUAACAUGCAUGUAUGAUUGCUUUAUUAUGAUGUAACGUUGUGUGAGUAACUAUUAUUAGGCAAAUUCUGUGGUACCCUGAUUUUUUUUUGCUACGGUAUCCCGACUAGAUGAAAUUGUGAAAUUGAAGGGCAGAGAAAGAGAGAAGCUUAGACA